AUGUCGGCCGCCAUAUUGGCCGCCUCUUUCGCUAGCCUUGCCCUCAAGUGCUCUGAUGGGAAUCUCAUGAAGCAAUCGCGAAUGCACUACGCCAAAGCACUCUGCCAAACCAACAAAUGUCUCAGUUCCACAGAUCUUGCCGUCCAGGACUCGACGCUCGCUGCCGUGCUUCUACUGGGCCUUUUCGAGGCGAUCGUCUUCACAGGUCAGCAGUCUCUCGACAGUUGGAACGCCCACACCGUCGGGGCCGUGGAGCUUCUCCGCCUGCGUGGAUCCAAGCAGCUGGAGACGCCUCUCGGGCGCACCCUUUUCCUCCACUCAAGUGGCAACAUCCGGACCAGCUGUGCGCAUACCAAGAGAGCGGUUCCUCCUCGACUGCUGCAGCUUUUUGAGAGUGCGAAGCCGAUGCUGGAUCUCAGUGAUCCGUUUCUCAUGACAGCUCCGAUUGUCGACCGAGUGGCUAGUUUGAGGUCGAGAAUAGAGCGCGUCCAUGACCAAAACAGACGAGACCUAGUUUGGGAGGCACUGGAUCUGGAUAUCGAGACUUUGAGGCUUGGCCAAGGUGUCGCAGAGGACUGGAAGUUUACAGCGAGGCUUCCGGGGCAGAGUUCACGCUUGACGUACAAGGGCAUUUCUCUUCAGUACCCGUCUCUGCGAGCUCUCCGAUAUUGGAACGCGCUUCGGAUCAUCCGCAUGUUCCUCAACGAUCUUGUCUGGGUGCAGUCUUCCAAGAUUCUCCAGCAGGGCCCUGACCUUGACGACGAGACCGACUACGAGGAACUCCAAACAUCAGCUAAGAGAAACAUGUCGACUCUCGUGGUCGAGGUACUCGCCAGUUGCGGUGAGUAUCUCGAGCCGGCCGAAGAAAGGUUCUCUGUUUCAGCCCGCUGCUUAAUCUGGCCGCUGUCAGUCAUCGCUGAAGUCUCCAUCACGCCGCCCGAUGCGCGCCAGUUUGCUACCGACUGUCUUGAACGGCUUGGACGGGACUGCCGAAUCCCAAAAGCUGCUGACAUGACCACGAGCUUGCUGUCAAUUCAAGGAGCUGACUGGCUAGGUAUCCCGACGCCCAAGCUCGCGGCGAGCGCGACAAUAUCUGACCGGCUCAGCCCUCCGCUCUCCGCCGCUGCCGAUGGCUGUUGUGCUUCGGCAGACGACGUGCUGCUCGAGUCGAGCCUCGAGGUCUGUGUUGCCUGCCCAUCAUUCGAGGCACCUGCGCCGUUACUAGCCGAGGUCUUCAAGGACGUCCGCUCGCUCGUCAGAGUUGCUUGCGCGUUCGGCGCGUUGGCUGCUUGCCCGUUGGCGGUUGCGCAGUACGAAUCGUACAGAUCCAGCAUGCUUGUCAGAUCGACUGACCAGUUUUCGACUUUGCUGCAUCCCCUGCUGACGCACGAUGAGAUGUAUGAGGUGGCAGAGCUACCCAGUCCAGUGUUGCAGUAG